AUGAUGACCUCGGGCCUAGCUCAUGCCACUCCACUAAACGGAGCAGAAACCAACAUUGGGACGAAAGAAACCGAUGCCGAUGUUAUUGUUAUCGGUGCCGGAAUUUCAGAGUUGAGCGCUGCUCGGGCCCUGACGGAUGCCGGCAAAAAGGUCAUUGUUGUUGAAGGUCGAGAUCGUAUCGGCGGUCGUUUAUGGACUGACUAUGACUCUAUGUCAAUUCCAAUCGAACUUGGAGCACAAUUCAUCCACGGCGGAGAGUAUACCAACAACACGGAAGCAUCGACAUGGGACUUGGUCCGCCAGCAAGGCUUAAUGACUUACACUCAUACAAACACGUUCAGUAGAACAAGUGUAGCCGGCCGAUGGAAGGAGGAAAAAAUUGAGAAUCCGUAUAACUACCAAGUUCUUGGUGGCUACAGCCAGAUUCUUGCUCCACUGAUCCCCUGCUUAGCUAUCCACCUCAACACAGUUGUGGUUCACGUGGAGUACUCACCAGGUUCUGCUAUAGUCCAUACUGAGCAAGAAGGGUAUAGAGAUACCUACUCAGCUCGUGCCGUGGUAGUAGCGCUACCUGUCGCAGUUUUGAAUGCUGGUAUUGUGGAGUUUUCUCCAACCUUACCAAAACAGAAACUGGAUGCGUUCAAAGCAGUGCCGCAUGAGUCGACUGUCAAGGUUCUUAUGGAGUUUAACAGAACGGUGUUCCCGAAUGGCGCCGAUCAAGUUAUCGAAGCAGGAAAGACGUUGUGGCUUAUAAAUGCGGCUAUGGGGAACCAUCAAUAUUCGGGACGGAUUAUUCUCGCUGGAGCCGAAGGGGAGGAGGCUAAGCGCCUGUUAGACUAG